AGGACCAAACCGAAACUUUCGAUUUUGUAACACAAACAAUCAGUUACGAAGAACUUAACCUUUCUGACAUGGGCAUGGGUAGUUAGUGGGUAUUUUUGCUGUACGAACAUUGAGAUUACAAAUCAUCAUGGGAAACUGGCAGUUGGAGGUUUUUCGGAUGGCUGUGUACAUUUCUUUUCCUGUGGGUCUUUUCUACUUUUUCAACCAGCCUUCCUUCUUUGAAAACUGGAUGAUGGAAAAGAGGGAGAGGAUAUUCCCUGCGGUAGAUCCAAAUGCACAAAAGAUAAUUGACGACUACAUUGAGCAUCUGGAAAUCAAACAAGAAAGGCAGUGGAUCGCAGCCCAGCAAGCCAAGAAAGCCAGUCAGGCAUGAGUGCACAGCUGGUGUGGUUGGGUUGUUUGUGUGGUUGGGUUGUUUGUGUCUUUGUUUCGGGUUGUUGUUUUUAAAAAAUACUUCUUACAGAAUACAUGGCGAGAGUAGAAAACUGUAAUUUUUCUUGCGAGGUUUUAAUUGCACUUUCAUGUUGUGAAGAAUAGAGCAAAUGAUUGAGCUAAGAUAGCAAAGUGUGUAUCUUUCAUCAUCUAGGAAAUCAUUUAGAUUUAUGCGACGUUUUUUUUUGGUCAUGUUGUGGUUAGGUUUAUCUCCCCUUUCAUUCAAUGGGUUCUUGUACUUGAAGUUGUAGAUUUUUUCAUCACAGUCACAGUGAUUUUUAUUCUCAUUGAUACUUUUUUUUUCUUCGCAAUUCAUCAUAGCAGUGUGUUUUGGGCUAAGAAAUUGUAUCAGUGAUAGAUUUGUUACGUUACACUGUACUUGGAGCUUGUAUCAUUUUCUCUUCAGUGUAAGUGACAAUGUUAGGUAGUACAAAAAUAUUUGCAUUUUGAUCAUUUGCUGUUCCAUUAUGAUUAUUUAUAUAACAGUAACAGCAUUUUUUACCUUUAGUAAUUAUUUCAUACUGUUCACUAACAUGUAUGUAAGUCUUGUAUGGUGAGUGCGUGUGUUUGUGUGUGUUACUGCUAUGAUGAAAUAGUGAGAAGUUAUGAAAGGAAAGUGCAUAUUUUAUCAAUAUUCUGAGUGCGAUGUGUGGUGCAAAAAGAGUGAAGGACAGACAGACAGACAUGAUUUGACUUUGACAGGCGAGUUGCGUGAAUAUUGUGUUUCUGCAUAUUCUGUUACCUGAAGUAUGUGAUUAAA